GACUGCCGGCUCUUCCCGGCCUUUUGCAGGCAGCCGUGGGCGGCCGCACACCCCGGUCUCCCUGGGGUCUGCCCCUCGGAGGCUUUGCUUUUGCGUUGCGGUAGUAUCUGCCUCCCUCCUUGUCCUGCUAAAACGUGCAGUAAAUUAUAGGGUGGCUGAAAGCACUCAGGCCCAGCAUAGGCGUGCGUGCAUGUUGCUGUUCUGAGCUGACAGCGGGCAGGCUCACCCGAGGAGAGCUGUGUGUUUCCCCAGGCCCGGUGGGGCCCCGGAACUGAAGUCCAGUAUGUUUUAUGGUCCCCUGCAUCAUCACCUUGAAGCUGCGCAGUGUUCUUCAGCUUCUGAAGAAUCUGUUUAAGCCUUGAAUCUUGAGGUCUGUAGCUGUAUUGGCCAGUUUAGGGCUACAAACCUACUGUUGCACUUGGAGGUAGUCUCAGUCCUUUCCAGUGCUUUUUUUAUUUUUAUUUUUAUUUUGCUCAACAAAAGCUCUCGCCUACUUCAUCUAUUGGAGGAUGGGAUCAGUAUAGUCCAAAGGCCUUGGAAAAAAAGAUCAGUUUUCCACAUAUCUGCCUGUAUCACCACACUUCGCCAUUACAUUCCAAACUGCAAUGCCCUGACCAGCAGGGGCUUAACUGCAUCUUUGGCUUUAAGUUAUGGUUACCAGGUUAGAAGCUGCUACCCAUAGUAAGAGGCCACGUGUGUGACUUUUCUCUGUUUACACUGGAGCAAAGAUUGUAAGCAAAAGGAUAUCUUAGCAGUCAGAUCAUUCCUUUUUAGUAAGACUGAGUUCUAGGCGUGUAACUGACAGUUUAAUAUAUUAUUGUCAAAUUUUAACAUGGUAUAAGUCAUGUAUUUAGAGUAAUUUGACCCACUGCAGAUAGUGGAGUGUCAGAUGUAUUCUGGGUGUUUUGCACUAACUUGUAGAAAAACAAACCUCCCAUUUUAGAGAGAAGCAAUAGGGAGGAGGGGAGGGUGGUGAAAAGAAAUGGGAUUGCCAACAUCUCCCAAAGUUAUGAACUUAUGGAAACUUGUGGUACAUCAAAACUGGGAUUUUUUUUUCCAUUCCCACACAGGGAGGCUUCCCUCAGGUCACUUGUUACUUUAAAGAAAACAAGCAAUAUUUCUUUCAUAAUUUUCAAUAGCACUUAGUCACAAAGCUAAACACAUCAGAAAGCAAAACUUCCAGUCCAAAGCUUGUCACAGCUGUAGCUGCUGCCAAAAUGUCAUGGAAAUCUACAGAGAAGAAGAAGAAUACCCUGUAUACUGGAGACCUGGAAAAGAGAACGGAGUGUGGUGGUUUGGGAAGGAAACAAUAUUCAUAGGAAGAUAAAACGUUCAUUAAAAAAAAAAAACAAAAAACAAAACUUUUAGAUUUUGCUGCCAGUGAGCUCUGGGAAAAUAACAAUUCUUUGAGCAACAGCAUUAUGUUUGUGUCCUAAAGCUGCAAAAAAUUAGAGUGAAUUCAAGUUGUACAGUGCAACUAGGAAUAUGAUCCAAACUUGACUGUGUGAAUAAUAACGUACUGCUUUCGCCUAGCUUUAGGAGUGUAGUAACUGGUGCCAGUCCUGUCUCAGACACAGAUUUCUGCCAUUUCUGCACUGAAUUAAAGUGUUUGCUUGGUAUGUGUGUGCAUGGAGAGUUGGGAACAUACAGUCUAACACUUGGAAUGACUCAUUUUCUGCUCACUUGUUUCUGACUCUGAAACUGCAAAGGAGGUACCUUUUUCUUACUCUGUAUAGUGAGCACAAAAAUGUAACACUGAGGAACUGCAGUUUGUCACAUGACCUGGAAGAGGCAGAUUUUUUGUGUUUAGCUUGAUGCUAUCUCCUGCUGUCUAUUGUUUACCUGCUGUAAUUGAAUAAAUCAUUUACUCAUUAACAUAUAAUAACUUCUUUUGAGCUUCCGGUUAUCUCAGCUACUGUAGCUGUUUUUAAGCUUUUUUGAUUUGAAAAAAUAUGACAAUAUACAGGCAGAAAUACAUGAGCAAACCAAGAGUUUGCAGCUGAUUUUCACGCCCCUUUUAAAAAUGAGGAGAAGAAAGAUUUUUACACAGCUAAAAGCAGAAAGCAUCUUAAAUAUUGAUGUAGAAAAACUGUCAGACAAGACAAGAGCAGGCAUGAAUGAGUAACUAAGUAUUGCUUCCUGUUGUAUGGGAUCAUGGAAUGUAAAAGGUUGACUUGCCAAUAAUAAAGAUAAUGCCCUUAGGAAGAGGAGAUGAGAAAAAAAACUGUGUGAGGAGGAAGGAUUGUUUUUUAUUAACCAAUGCUGUGGCAUUGGUAGGAAGGUGAGGUCCUACCCUGGGGAUAAAAAGAUUAAGUGUAUUAGGGAAAUGUCUUUUUUUUUUUUCACGUUGAAUUUGUUUCUGCUUUUGUUGAGCUAUGCAGGCUUUUGCAUCAAGUCCAACAGGACUGUAGUAUUCCUUUCUACUUCUGUAUAGAUUCUUCCUUUGUUUUAAUUCUCUUGUAGAUUUUUUCUUGGAGUAGAACAUUCCCAGUUCCUUUCCUAAUGCAGGGAGGAAUCUCAGCUCUGUGUGUGCACUAUUGAGGAAUUUUACGAAAGCUACAGAGAAGAAAAAAAAAGAGUGGGGUAAAGGGUGAGCUGGAUAUCUGAUAUUAUUGUGGUGGUCUCUCCUGAAAAUAUUGAAACAAUGAAGUCUAUCAUUGAAAAAUAUGGCCACAAAAAAGUUACAGUAGCAGAAGGUGGAAUAACUCGUCACCGAUCAAUUUUCAAUGGACUGAAAUUAUUUUCAGAGAAUGAAUUUUCCAACCAUCUGCUCCAGAAACCAGAAGUAGUGAUUAUCCAUGAUGCUGUGAGACCAUUUGUUGAAGAAGAUAUUCUUCUAAAAGUGGUGAUGGCUGCUAAAGAGCAUGGGGCAGCAGGAGCAAUUCGUCCUCUAGUUUCUACUGUUAUUGCCUCUGCUGCAGAUGGAUGUUUAGACCACUCAUUGGAACGUGCCAAGUACAGAGCAAGUGAAAUGCCUCAGGCUUUCUUAUUUGACAUAAUCUAUCAAGCAUACCAACAGUGUACAGACUAUGAUCUGGAUUAUGGAACAGAAUGUUUGCAUCUGGCCCUGAAAUACUGUAAAACAAAUGCUAAACUUGUUGAAGGAACAGCUGACCUCUGGAAGGUGACCUACAAGCGGGAUUUGUAUGCAGCUGAAUCAAUUAUUAAGGACAGCUUAUCGCAACAGAUUUGUAUUAUUACUGAUGUGAAGGAAGCUGUUGUGCAAGUAGGUUUUCUCCUUCAUGAGUGUCUAAGAAGCCAAAUAAAAGUUGAAGCUGUAUCCGUAUCUCUAAGCAAAGGCAAUAGCCAUCUACAGAACAUCUUUUCAGGACAGUGCUACAAUUUUGUUUGCAUAAAUGAUAAAAAGUAUGCCACUGAAGAAAUCCAGCAGCUAGUGAAUAUGUUAGAAGAAUCAAAUAUUCCUCUCUUACAUCCAGUUGUUCUUAUUUCGGCUCACUUGAAUAGUUUAGAAAAUACUUCUUUCAGCAUUGAUUUGGAAGAACUAACUAGAAUGAAGAAAUUUGCAAGGGAGGUGAAAAGGAAAAAUAUUUUGGUUUAUGGUCUCCUUGUCCAAUGUAAGACUGAAGUGUCUCCAAGAAGCCUGAAGUCAGUUCAUCUGGAGAGGUAUCCUCAUGGAGUAACAACCACAGCUGAAGAAGAAGCGCUGCAAUUCCUUCCAUAUUGGUCAUUGACAAAACAGUAUUGCGAAGAGACUAUGAGAGGAGGCUCCUGAAAGCAUCAUGGUAGCACUUCUGAGCAAGCAGAGACAGAAAGAUGCAGAGCAGAAGUAGGAAGAGAAACAAAAAUAAGGCUUUGACUCCAAAUACAAGGCCUAUAAGGGAAAUGCAUGACACUGCCUAGCAUUAUUGUACGUGACAGACAAGAGGAUGAUGUGGUUCCUCCAUGAGUAUCUGGGUGAAAUACUUGCUGUCUGGAAAUCAAAGAUGUGUGACAUAGUUUUCCUCCGAACUGCUGAAGUCAGAGUGCUUGAUGUGGGGCUCAGAUUUGAAGUGGUCUGAAUUAUAAUCCCCAAAAUGUGCAGUGCAUGACUGCAAGGUCCUCAGCAGCAACUGCACUGUUCUAUUGACCUGUUCCUGUCAUGGUGACCUACUUAGUGAAGAAGUCUGGCUUUAGGAAACUGCAAGAGGUAUUCUUUUUCUGUCAAAAUAUCAAUCCAAGUCUUCUGGUUACAUGGGCUUCAUGCACACAUGAGCUUCAUGCACCCAUGGGCUCUCCCGCCUUGAAAGGCAGCAGCAUUGUCCUUCUGAUAGGCAAAUAGACCAUUUCCAUUGAUCCAUUCAGCAGUGGAACCACCUGUUACCGUCUGUUAUUUACUCUGAAUUAUACUCAUUUUCUUUUCUGUCUCAUCCCCACUCAGAAAUUCCUGCUGAACUGCUGUGCCUCUGGGCUACUGGUACUGAGUAGAGGGGGGCUGGAAUGAGUGGUGUUUGGAUGAGUGAAACCUAAAAAGCUCUGAUCCUGCUAGUACAGAGGUUGCUCCUGAGAGAAGACAUCUUUCAGUCCAGUAAAAAUCAUCAAAUUUUAGAAUGGCUUCUUUAGAAGGCACCUUAAAGAUCAUUCAGGUUCAACUCCCCUGCUGUGGACAGGUUUGCCACCUCCUAGGUCAGUCUGCCCAGGACCACAUUCAGUCCUGUCUUUGAGUACCUCAAGCACCUCCAGGGAUGGGGCAUCCACAGCAUCUCUGGGCAACCUGCUCCAGUGCUUCACCAGUAAACUCCAUAUCUGGUAGUUCUUCUGCCCUUCAUGCCUCUCACAGAUAUAGUCUCUCUCCCUUUAAAGCUUUUGGUGUUCAAACAGUUACUCUUCCAAGGGAUGCUGUGCCAGAUGGAAGGAUUUGUGAAAUGGAUUCUUCUCUCUCUUGCUGGUAGCUAUUUUGGAAUGGAAAGCAAAACACAAUGUAAAAGAAAGCAGGAUUAAACACUUUGCAUAGUGUAUCUUUUGGCUAAUUUACUGUUUUGCUAAUUGGAUGAACUGUUUGAAUCAAGCUUUUUAUAAUGUAAGAAAUAACUGCCAGCUCUUCUUUUUUUCUUCUCUUUUUUUCAUUGCUUCAGGCAAAUAUAUUAUUUUGAUAUUUAAAUAAUUGGCAACAGAAAGUUGCCAGUUACUAGAAAAUUUGCGGCAGUGAAUCAUCAACUGAGACAUUCAUUUAUUAAGAGGCGGAGGGAAUUGUUAAAUAUCUCCAGAUGUUAUUUUGUUCAUGUCCUUCAUCAAAAGAAAAUAUCAGCAGUGCUAAAUUCUGAGCAGGCUGGCCUGAACAGGUAGCAUUGCUCAAAUAUUGAUAAUUAGAAAUACUUCCUGACAUUUCCCAAAGUGCACUAAGUGCUCUCUGCUGUGUACAUGUGGUACCUGGAGACAUUCUACAGCAUAGCCCAGAGCAGCGUGAUCCAAAGCAGAGCUGGGGGCAGUUUCAGCACUGCUCAUAUUCUUGUAUGCUGAGCCAAGCAGCCAGGACAGACCCAAGCUGCUUUUUGGGUAUCUAUGGUGUGGUUGCUAAGACAGGAAGGCAGCAAGUUUGAAUAGCUUUAUACACUAUUUUUCAUUCUAAUAAUCAGAUGUCAUUAAAUGCUUUAAUUUUAAAUAUGUAUCUCACAAUAUAUACGAGCUAAGUGAUUGUUGCCUUUCUAAUUUAAUGAGCAUUUAUAAGUCUCAUCUGUGAAUAGACUGAUCUAUCAGGCAUUUGUUAAACAGUGUCUCCAUAAAAGCCUCCUAAACUUUGUUUCAGUCUAUCACACUGAAAAUUUAGCUAAAACUUCAUUAUAAUGGGGACUGCACUCCACAAGCAAGGCUAUAACAAGUUUGUCAGUGUCUACCUUAGCUAUACUAGCAAAGUUGAACAUUACAUAUGCCAUCGCUUAGAGAGCACUGCUCAGAGUUUUAAAAUGCAUCAAGUAGCAACUGCGAUUUUGAGACCUUGAACUUGAUCCCAUACCUUUGGUAAUACAUGAUCAAUUGAAAACUGUAUAAGUGGUAUAAUACUAGUCUUAAACCUAGUCAAAACAAGAUUUACUUCUGGAAUAUUAAGUUACUACCACAAUGUUGUGUGCAAAUACCUUUCAAAGUAUUUCUAUGCCCAGGUUAAGCACACUGCCAACUAUUUCAGGAAAGCUAAAAUGUUGUUUUUGUGUUGAAUGCCAGCUUGCAGAGAGAGCUGCUAGCUCCAAAACCUUCAGCACUUAUUGCUCCAUCCCAACAGCAACUGAAACAACAUAAUUGGGAGUGUAUGAUGUUUACAUGAUAACAGAUAGAAAAAACUAAUUGGGGCAACAUUAACAUCUUUGUGUGGUAUUAUAGAGUGAGAUUACCAAAGGCUGAUUGUUCAGUGACACACUAUAUUUCCAGUGAUUUACACUGAACAUAUCAUAUUUGAGUAACAUAUGUGCCCCAAUUUAAGCAAGUAGGACUGUGCUUGAUAUGAAAUGUCAGAGUUUAAAAAAUUUCUGCAUAUUUUUAAUCUAUUGAUUUUGCAACUAUAAUGCAGUAGAAUGUCAUUGUAAAAAUACAAAAUUCUCUCUAAGAAUGCUCUUUUUUUUAAUAUAAUGAGCCACUGUAUAUUUAAAUUUAUCACUUUGUUUUGCAGAACUUUCCUUGCGGCAAUGAAAUGCCCUUGGAAGUAGGUAGCCUGGCAUACAGUGUUUCCUUGUGUUUGCACGAUAUGCAAAAUUUCAAAAUGUAAAAAUAAAAUUGAAGACAAUUGAAGACUGUAAGAAAAGUCUUUAAGAAAACGUGUUACUUACCUGUAGCACUUUUGCCCUAAGUAAGUAAAGACACCAAGUAGAAGCAAAUUGAAAACAAACCUGCAAGACAUGGAGUGUGAUGAGGAAGAUAAACUUCCUUCUGUGAGAAACUGUCAUAAUUCAGAGGUAAAAUAACCCCCCCCCUCACCCCCCCUCUUUUUAGGUAUAAUUUGUAACAAUUUAAAUCUAUCAAGUUAUAUUGUGAUUCUCAGUGCAUGGGGAGACAGCCAAUGCAAGUACAGUUACACAGUUUAUUAAUAGAACAAUAUUUUUUGCAAUACAUUGUUUUUAAGACAAUUCAAGUAAUAAUUUCACAAAUUAUCUUUCAUUACCAAAAUCAGAUUAGGUGGUGAUAUAUGAAAAAUAAAAGUCUGCGAGACUUCAUUUACUGUCUUUCUGCUUACAUAUCACAUCAAGUUAUUUUCUCCAUUAGAGGAGAGUUUUUGAAAUGCCUGUCUCCCACACAGGAAUUUUUCUCAGGUAAAUUAACUUCUGCAGCAGAUGGGAAAUGCUGUAUGGAAUGUGAAAUGAAACAAAACACAUUCCUUCCCAUGCUACAUUCACUUGAACGGGACAUCCAACUAUAAUGCUCAAACAAGUUGUUGGCUCCUGAUCUAAAUCACUUCAUAGGAAAGAAGAGAUUCCUCUGUGCCUGUAAAGGGAGUGAAGGAGAAACAGAAAUCCCGAUUUAGUUAACAGUUUUUGCAUGUAUUGUUGGGUUGGGGUAAGCCAGACAGCUUAGAGAAAGCACACAGAGAGAUUUAGCAGGUAUUAGGCCUAGAGAUUCUACUUUUUAGCAGUUUGCUGCCUAACCAGAAUAUCUGAGGAUCGUGGUGUCAAAAACGCAUGCACCACUUGUCGGUGUCUUUGAAUGUUGAAAGUUAUGCUUGUGGACUGGGGCACUAUUAUCCUUUUCAAGAUUGACUGGAAGUCAAGCCAUUCUACAAAUCAGUAUCCGAAUCUCAACUCUUUUUGGAACCUGUCAUCUGAUUUUAGGGUAAAUUUUUGUAUCUACAUAAAGAACUGUUCUCUCAUUGCUUGGUCUUGCAAUUCUUCAUUUCCUAUGGAUUGUGUCAAUCUGGUUUUCCAUGUUUUAGUUCAUAACAACAGAAUGUGCAUUUCUCUGUAUGCAGCUUGUGAUAGAAAAACUGAGGAUGCUUUUCAUCUUUCAUAAUGCAAUCAGGUAGAAGUUAGCCUUUAUUUAAAAGUACUUAAUUCAAUUAGCCAUCAAAAAGCCAUCUGUGUUAGAACAGAGACAAGUAAACAUCAGGAAAGGGAAGCUGGAGACUGAAGAAAAGUGCAACUGAGUGCUGAGAGAACACGGUUGGUAGCCAGAAGUCUUAUGCUCUCAUCACUGUGUUUUCUCUAAUUCCUGAUUGUUUAUUCAGACAGAAGUUUCACUGGCCCUCCUUGCCUGUAGUUAAAACUCAGAACCUCAAAGUCAAAAUAACAAAAAUAUGCCAGACAGUAUUGUUUUCUGCUCAGUCUUACAUGAGAAGGGAAUCAAAAUAACCUGAUAAUUUUCUGCUCAGGUUGGGGUUUUCUUAGAAGCUGGGAGUCACCUGAAGUAUCAUUUUUUUUGCAGAUUAUUCAUUUUCUGACUCAAUAGCAAAGAGAGGACGCAGCCUUGUCUUCCCUGACCUCUCCUUUGACAUCUAUGUUCCAAAAGUCUUGUUGCCAGUUGGCAUAGAUUGGAAAUAACAUUGUAAGAUAGGGUGAAGGCAAAAUGAAAGAUUAAUGAAUUUUAUUCAUUCUUAGCUUGUCUUUUCUUUCACUUUGCUUUGCACUUAGUGACUUUGCUCAUCCCACGUGCAGGAUGCCCCUCAGCUCUGUGCCAGUGGUAAGAAUUUGUGUUCUUUAUGAAAGGUAAUCCAUAUAGUAAGUGAAACAACUUUACUUGUGUGCUGUGGGGUAAGUGGGAUUACAGGUGUGCCACCACUUUCUUGAAAUUCCACUUUGUCUUAGUGAUGGAAGAAGAGAAUUUAAAGGCUAAUAAAACCCUGAGGCAUUGUUCAAGCCAAAAGCAGCAAGUGGUUGCUGGGUUUUAUAGUUCAGUGAGCCAGAUUGUUAGAAGGCAAGCAGAAAUAGCAAAAACUUAGUUAUUUCUAUCUGUAAAUACCCAUAUUUUUCUAUGGCUACCACCAGACACUUAAACAUAAAGCUGUUAGCUGCAUAAGUAAUUUAAGGUAUAUUAACUCAAGUUGAUUCACUCUGUUGAAUGUUUAGCUUCAUUGAGUGUUUCAAUUACACAACUAAAAUAGCCUAUGCAGUCAUUAGAGGUUUUUGGAGAAAAGCAAAACAAAUAAACGUUGAAGAGAAUAACAAACAAUAAGCUCUGAUCCAAAAGUAAUGAUUUCCAUUUUAUUGUGUGAGCGCAUACUGUCAGAAGCAGGUGUUGGUGGUACGGCAGUAGAGUUUGAACAUUCCCACCAGUAUUCCUUUAUGUUUUGUUGCUGUAUGACAAAAUGGUGUCUGACAGGGAAGUGUGUAUGAGGCAAAGGUGUGCACUUGAAAUCCUUAAUGUGGAACAAUUAAGGAGGGCAACAAAGCUGGUGAGGGGUCUGGAGCACAGACCUUAAGAAGAGCGGCUGAAGGAGCUGGGAUUGUUCAGUCUAGAGAAGAGGAGGAGGCUCAGGGGAGACAUUAUUGCUCUCUAUAACUACCUGAAGGGAGGUUGUAGUGAGCUGGGGGUCAACCACUUCUCUUGGGUGACUAGUGAUGGGACGAGAGGGAAUGGCUUCAAGCUGAGCCAGGGAAGAUUCAGGCUGGACGUUAGGAAAUACUACUUCUCUGAAAGGGUGGUCAGGCACUGGAAUGGGCUGCCCAGAGAGGUGGUGGAGUCACCGACCCUGGUGGUGUUUAAAGAGCGUUUGGAUGUUGUGUUAAGGGGCAUGGUUUAGCGGGAACCAUUGAUGAAGGGCAAAUGGUUGGACUGGAUGAUCCUGUGGGUCUUUUCCAACCUUAGCGAUUCUAUGAUUCUGUGAUUCUAAUUUGUACCCACUAACAUUUAUUGACACUUGAACACUUAUGGAGAUCAAACACUGAAUGUGAGUUCAGUGAAAGUUGGACUGCAUGGAUAACAUUUUCCUAGCAGCGAUACCACCAUAGCUGCUGUGAAACUGUGGGUCACCUCUGAUGGUGCAGAUUUACAUGAGUGCAACAUGCAGGGUCUUGCUGGCAAGAAUGCAGAGCUCAUGGUGGUGACUAUGUCAAAAAAAGAGUAUUUUGUCGCUGAGGAUUUGCUCUAUCAAAUGGUGUUAUUGUGCUAUUUGUAUCUGUUGUAGUUUCCAUGGAAAUAAAUAGGAGGUGUUACUUUCAAAGCAACCUACCUACACAACAUUUUGUAGUGCCUAGCAAAGUCAUCUUUUAGAUUUAAAGAUUCAGGGACUGGCUUUUUAAUGAAUUCACAUGGAUGCACGUCUUGGAUUUUGAUUGUUUGAUCAUGAAUUAGCACAGUUUUGUAAUUUUGAACUUUCUGAAAUGUUAUUUUCAAAUAUAAUUGAGAUCAUAUAGAUGCAUGAUAUAUAAAUUGUGGGUGCUGGCAGAAUCUCAUAAUUAUGCAGCAAUUCUGCUUUUUAAUGUAUAUGAGAAUCGUGGCUGGUUUUUCAUCUGAACUGUGUUUUUGUUUGUCUAAUAGGUUAAGAAAUUGAAAGCAAACUGAUAGCAAUUGCCAUUACAAAUAGCUUCAGGGUUCCUGAUAAAAUUAGUGUGCUGGAGUUGGUGUGCAAUGAGAUCAUUCACAAAUAAAUAUGUAGCCUUCUUUAUUUCUGAGUUUAUUUUUUGUUUUAUAUCUGUAAUAUAAUCCAGGCAUUUUUGUUCAGAACAAUACUUCCUGUGUGGGAAAACUCAGUAGGUAUUUAGUCUCAUGCCUACUAGAGGCAAUUUUUAAUUGUCUUGAAAUACAAUGCUUGUCAUAACCUAUUAAAGUUAAUGUAUUAUCUAUUGUGUAAA